AUUUUGGAAAACUUCACUUUUCUAUUUAAAAUUAUUUAUUAAAAAAUAAUAUUUCAUCUCGUGAUCGCGAAGAAGCGAAGCCGAUGCUCCAAACUUGAAGAAAAUCGAAGCGACAAUACACAAACCAACUUUCUCGAAUCUUCGAAUCUAUCAAUCAAUCACUGAAAAUGCCGAAAAAGAUGGGAGUGAACAGCAAAGCCGAGGCCGCGCGGGCUCGCAAGAGCGCCACGGAAUCGGAGCGGAAGGAGCGAGAAGCAAGAGAAAAGGAAGAUCAGUACUGGCGCGAAGCCGAGCGAGGAAAGUCUCGUGCCGUCAAAAGACGAGAGGAAGAGGCCGAAAAGCGAGCUGAAGCCGCGGCGCGGAAAGCUGAGACAAAACGUUUGGCUGAGCUUGAAGAGAAAGAGCUGGAGAAGUCGAUGAAAAAGCCAGAUAAGAAAGCGAAUAGGGUUUCGAUUCCAGUUCCCAAGGUGACGGAGGUAGAGUUGAGCCGACAGCGUGAGGAGGAGCAGGCGCAGAUGGCCAAGAAGGCCGAGGAGGCGAAGAAGAAGCAGGCAAGGACGGCGGAGGAGGAGGAGUAUGAACGGAUGAUUUUGGUGGCGAAUACGAAUAGGGAUGAGUCUGUUAUUGAGGCAAGGACUGUGGAGGAGGCCAUUGAGAAGAUGUCGGUGGCCGAUAACUUGCCGGUGGACCGCCACCCAGAGCGGCGGCUAAAGGCGCUGUUUAAGGCUUUUGAAGAAGCUGAGCUCCCUAGGCUGAAGGAAGAGAAACCAGGUCUUACUCACACUCAAUACAAGGACUUGAUAUGGAAACUAUGGAAGAAAUCUCCAGACAAUCCUCUUAAUCAGGUUGCAGAGUAAGCAUCCUUACAUCUUGAAAAUAGUGGCAGGCCAUUCUCCUUGGGCAUAUGUUGAGUAAUGUUACUAUAUCUUGUGCAGAGUGGAGUAUUUACACUUUAUACCUUAUAUGCAGUUAUUAUUUGUUUUGCUUAGGCUGCAUAAAAAACAAGAGUGUUAAUAAUGUUUUUUUGGCUUCAUUAUUGUUCCUGCUUGUUACUAGUUCAUCCAUGACGUUUUGGUGAGUAAAGCAAAAUUGAACUUGAGACUUCAUAAAUGUAUUUAUAGAGAAUUUCAUUUGUGUUAAA